CGAAUGACGUUUUUCAAAUUGUGUUUUGAGUUCUAUGUAGAACAAAUCGGUAACGUGAAGCUUACGGCAAAUUCUGCAUCCGAAAUAAAUGCAUAUAAAAAUUCAAAAGUCUGCAGCCCAUUAUUUCUAACUAUUUGAUAAGUGGCGAUGAGAAAUCAUUGAUAGAUUUUUGAUACGGACUAUUUUCAUGUUAUAACAGCAGCAUUUGGUAUCUCAGCACCGAACAGGAUCGUAUCAACAAGCGAAGUAGAAAAUAGGCGCAGCUUUCCCUUUUUGAACAAUCUAGAGGAUCAUAUUAAAUUAAAUGGUGAAGGACCAUCAAUUUUCAUCAUUGUUAGAGAUUUCCAGGCGGUAUUUAUGUAUUAAUAGAUAGACUCGAGACAAGUGUACCUGCAGAACUUUUAAAAGAGAGGGUUUAAAAUGGCGGAUUUAAUGAUUAUCAUGGUUUUGCUGUCCGUUUUGAUUUCAUAUUGCGAAAGUGUUGGCAAUGCAGCAAGUUUCACCGUAUGGCCCAUCGGAAGUUACAUCAAUGGGCCUGGUAUUAUUGCUAGUUUCAGCACAAGAGAGAUUGAUGAAUGUCUUCUCCAUUGUGUUGCCAACAGCAACUGCGUAGCAACGAACGUGGAUACGACAAACGACAUGUGUGAACUUCUCAGUGCUAUAGACUGCAACAACCAAGGGUCCCAAAAUGGCGAUUGGAGAGUACUACAUAAAGAAGGGGAGUACGCGUGUGUCGUUUAUGAAUACAAAGGUUGUUAUCUCGAUGACCCAACUACAAGAGAUUUCGACCAGAUGGCUUACCAAGGCGACCCAGCAAAUACGCCUAACAAAUGUGCAAAUACCUGUGCAGAUUCUGGGUAUUCGUACAUGGGGCUCCAGGAUAUGGAUGAGUGCUGGUGUGGAAAUAGCUACGGACUGAAUGGUGCGGCAGCUUUGGAUUCCCACUGCUGGCGAAACUGCACGGGAGAUCCCGCUUACAAAUGCGGUAGUGCUUUUAAAAACAGCGUCUAUCAACUUGUCGAUUACCGCACUCCAUAGCAAAUGGGUAUAGAUGUAAAUGAGGAAAAUCAGCAAGUCUUAUGAAGAGAUAUUGAUUCCAGGAAAGAUGAGAAUGAAUGUUCAUCCGUUCAGAAAUAUUCAUUUGAAAUGUUUAUCUUACACGGACAUUUUUGAAAAAAUCUUUGAAAAAAUUUUGUAAAAUAUUCCGUCCUUCAUCCAUUGGACUUCUUCACUUAUUGUGGCGGGAAUUUUGGAAAUUUAAAGGGACGUGUUAAAACGUUGUGGUAUAUGGGGUCUAUGUACACUCCUUUGUCUCUGUUCAUAGAUGGCGCUAAUUGGUGGAUUUUAAUAGCCUCUUUGAUUUUUCUUUCAUGAAAAUUAUACAUGUCCGUGUUAGAUGAUCCUGUGCUUUCAUAUGACGAGAGAUGUUCACUCAAAAUGAAGCAGAGUCGAAAAUGAAUUGAUGGAUUGCAUCAACAAUUGUCAAAAUGUUCACCAUAUCGAUUCUCAUCCUUUGAGGAAUAUUGGUCUUUGAUUGACUUUUACCAAGUGUUGCUACUAUCAAAUAUCUUAAAUAAUUACAAUG